AAAAAUUAUGUACUCGGUAUAUUGAUGUGAAUAUUGAAGUUUAUUAUGUUCAAAAUGUAAUCAGCAUUUAAAACCCAUGCCUUGCAGAUCAGUGGCUUACACUUCACUUUAUUGAUACUUCGUUACAUACCAAGAUUGUGAGAGAAGUUUUAUAAGGGUUUACAUGUAUGUAUUUUAUUUCGAAAGAAAUUAUGUCACAUCAAAUACAUUUUGGCAGUGUGUGUGUGUCCAUGGCAUGGGAGAAUUUCAUUGAGUUUUUCGUUUAGAAUUAAAAUCAAAGGUUUUGGCAAGUAAUUUGCAGGUUAAGGAUGAAUGACGAGUUAAGACUACAAGGGAGGGCGAAAUGUCCUACUCUUUUAUUUCAUUUGGUACGAAUGGACCGGACACCUCCUAAGCUCUUUUGUACGAAGUAUUUCUUGUAAAAGCUACUUUUGUUUUACCACUUCCGGGUGUACGUAUCGAACGUCAAAAACUACAAAAUCGAUUAGACCUUAAACUUACAUUAUCAGAUCUAUCAAUGUCCCAUGUUGGACUCUCAGGGAAAUUUAGACGUCGGUUUUAAACCGCCAAAGAAAAUGAAAAAGCGUCGAGAACUUGACGCACUAGUGGGAAGUGGGAAAACUCGGAGAAAGAUGAAAAAUGGUCACGAACUUCUUCGUACGGAGUCCGAGUCGUCCGAAGUGGAUGAAUUUUUAAUAACUGAUCGUAAAUCUUUCAUGAGACAGGGGCGAGUCUCGUGCUGUUCCACAUGCAUGUCAGUAUUUGGAUUUUUCAUGGUUGUCACUUGUUUCAUUUGUAUUGGCGCCUUGUUAUACAUGCAUUUACAACUGAAAGAAAAUGUUGAAAAAAUCCGGGAAGAAGUUAAUAAAGUAAAAGGCAGCAGUUUACAGACCAGUGUAGAUGAACUGAAGCAACAAAUUCAGAGCAGUAUCAAAAAAGAUCUAGUCAAUGUCACACAGAGCCCCAAGGAAAUGGCCGAUGUUAAACUACGUUUGUCCAGCCUCACUUCUAAAGUAAAUGAUCAAAGCUCCGCCUUAGAGGCAGUCAGCAAAAGUCAACCAGGCAGUCAAGUCAUUGUGAAUCAAGUCAAUACACUAUCAAAGCAGGUGCCCAUUAUCUCAAAUACUAUAGGGGAUUUAGGAGUUGAUGUGAAAGCAAUGAAGUUGGAGGUGGAAAAACUUAAAGAGAAAGUUGAGAAAGAAUUGGCAGACCUGAAACAACAACAGACUCCGGAGAUGGGGAGUGGUGGUCGUGAAUCAGGGGGUCGAGAGUCAGGCCAUGUUGACCUUGACACAGAAAAACUGGAGAAUCUGAGCAACAUGAUACAGCUGGUUAACAACUCUCUGUGGUCUGAGCUGCCAAAAAUUCAAUCAAAACUGUCAAGUCAUGAGGUUUACUUGAGUGCUUUGCAAAACAUAACUGCUAACCUUCAGACACAAUUCAAGGCCUUGAAUAGUGACCACUCUUCUAUACUGAAGGAUCAUAAGGGGAUGGACCAGGACUCAGGGGAAGGAACUGCACAGACCAAGCUCCUCAUUCACCAAGUGAUUGAGGAUAUGGGUCUUGCUAACCAAACCAGCCCAUCAGAAUCCCUGGAUAAUCUGUCAGUGAAGAUAGACAGCAUUACCUCUACAGUUGGUACACUGAGGGAUCAGUUCAAACUGAUGAAAGACUCCCAAGGGACGGCUGGUUCAGCAGACACUGGGUCCAUUCAAACAAGUCUCCAAGCACUGAACAGAUCCGUUGAAGUCUUGAAGGAGGAUUUCCACACACUGAUGGGUAAAGUUGGCAAGCAGUCCAACACAAUAACGGAACUGUCCAAGACAGUGGAGGUCUUGAAGCAUUUCUCUGCUACACUUGACAAGGACCACAGAGAAAUGGUUAAUGGUCAGACAACCUCAGCUCCACCACCAACACCUACAAUUAGGACCCCUGUGGUUAAAUCUGAUCUGGAUUCAUUGCCAGCAUCUCCAAAAGCUAGCAGUGUGCCAACAUCUACAGCUAGAGCCCCUGAUGUUAAACAAGAUGAGGACCUAGUGCCAACAACAAAACUUCCACCACAUAACACAGAGCCCAUAGUAAAGAAUGAAAACAAGCCCCCAGUAGCAAAGACAGAGGGUCACAUUACUAUCACAUUACCUAUACAGGAACUUUACUUGAAUGGAACUGGCAGCACAGAUGAUGAAGAUGUUGUCCUUUAUCAUUGGGAACAGAAAGAUGGUCCCUCUGCUCUAAAUAUUUUUCGAGAGGAUGAAGCAAUAGCCAGGGCUACAGGAGACUUCAUACCUGGACAGUAUAUCUUUGAAUUACAAGUCUGGGAUGCAGAAAGUCUCACCUCCAAAAAAACACUCACUGUGGAUGUCCAGGAUAAGCCAUCCGAAAAAUCUGUGAAAUCUACCCUGGAUGUGUCCCAGCCCACAUCACCCCCGGAGGUUCACAAGUUCAUUACCAUGAAACUUGUCAAUUCUUAUGAAGACUUGGAGACUGGGGUUCGUCGCUGGGACAAAGAUGGUGACGGGCUUGUUGAUGUGCAGGAUCUCCCCGAUUACAUGCCAGACCCUCCCUCUCAGCAACAGCUAGAGAUGUUUGACUUUAACCAUGAUGGACUUUAUAAUAUAGAUGAACUAGCUGUAGCUUUGGGAUUCCAGCCCUGGCCCAAAGAUCAGCCCAAGCCCGGGAUCUCAAAUAAAAAAGCAGCGCAAUAGAGAGUCUGUUAUGGUUGGCCAGUACCAUGUAAAAAGAUGAAGAGGAGACACUUGUAUGGACUUCGAAAAUUAAAAGAGUUGGAGAAAGAAAGAAAAUCCAUUCCAUGAAGUACAAAGGAAAAUGUGGAAAGGAUCAGUUAUCUGUGAUAUGUUUGUUUUCUUUUUUAAAUAUUAUUUAGUCUUGAUUCAGUUUGUGCUUUAUCAUCGAAUUUAGAUUAUGUCAGACAACAUAGGGGUUAUACAUGUAAUUCAUCACUGUCUGUGGUUAAUGGAAUGUGUUCAGUAUUUGAUAAAUCAUUGUAGUAAAACAGCAAAGAUCAUUAGUUUCAGAAAGAACAUUGGCAAAAUCACCAUCUCUACCAUUUAUUUUCAGUAGAAAAGGAUAGAUACAUGUAUUGUAUUGAAUUAAGGAAUAAGGAAACAUUCUUUUUGGAAUUAUGAGGUGAUCAACUACGGUAAUGUGUGAGCCCUUGACCAUGCCUGAUCGUAUUUGAUCCCCUCAUAAUUUUUAAAGAAUGAUUCUUUAUUACUGGUAUUUAUAUAAUUUUCAGCAGUUGUAUGAUUAAAUGUUUAAAUAGCCAUUGAAAAAAUGUAUUGGACUAUACAUUACAAGAUCGAUAUUCGUAAUGUUAUCACAAAGACACUGAAAAAUGUGAAUAUUAGUUGUUAAAAUAACGUAUAUACACAAACCAUUGAGAGAUAUUGUGCCAUGAAAUAGUACUUAAAUCUGAAAUCAUGAUGUUCUUGGUUUUUUCUUUUCUUUUAAGUUACUUUCAGUUACCGGUAAAUUAUAAUUAGUUAUAUGUUUAUUUUUUCUAUUUAGUUAUGUAAAAGAUGGACAUGAUCAAUGCAUAUUAAAGUUCCAAUUCCAGUGUGACAUUUUUUUUAUAUUGUUGGUAUCGAAUGUGCACAUUUUUUGUAGAACAUUUCAAUAGAUGUACACAUAAACUGUACGAUAGAGCUGUGAUUUUGUUGUGCCAAUAGUUGCUCAUCCAAGAUUUGUGAAUGUCCAUUGUUAUAUUGUAAAUAGCCCCAUCAUCCAUGUUAGAUAUUGUACCAUCAUACUUACAUGUAUACAAACACUCUCUGGAAAUGACUGACUAUAUAUUGUUCUCAAAUAUCAUGCAGUUGUAGAGUAUUUUUGUACUUAAUGGUUGAACUUUGUGCUAAGGAUAAAAAUACUGAUGAUAUCUUUUAAAUUUCUUUCAUUCUUUGUUUCCCUGGAUAAGAGAGGAUUAUUCAUUGUAACACAUGGUUAGUGUAAAGCCCCAGGAAGAAGCAGUAUUGAUUCAUUAUAACUGUAAUUGGUUAUAUCCAGUUUUCUUGUUAUGCAGUUUUUAGAUAAGAGGAAUGAAACUAACUUUGUUCUGAUUGAGAAUUCCUCAUAAGCAUGUUCCUUGAAAUUGUACUGUAUGCAAUUUCUUACCUUGAUAGGCUCACAAAUUAUUGUCCAGAAAAUUACUUCAAAAUCAAAAGAAUACAUUAAUGUUUUAAGCAUGCUUUGUGUUCACAAUUACAUGUUGAUGUGCAAGGGUUUUUUUAUCGCUCUUGAAAUAUACCUCCCUAUGUUAUCAUGUUGUUAGCUUCUAAUGGAGUCUCCUUGACUAUUUGUUUAAGAUGUUGGUUGUAUAAAUUCUUUAGGUGUUAAUUUAAAUGAAACAGUGACAGAAGGGCAAAGUUUUUCUGAUAAAAUGAAAGCUUGUGUUCUGUUUUUCAGUUUGCUUUUUAACAAUAUACAACAAAAUUUCUAGUUUGAACCCUCAAAAUGUUUUGAUUUUGGUGAGUUUAUCUAAUACAUGUUCAAAUAUGUGCUUGUUCAUUAGCUAAAAUUAAAUACCAUGAAUAUUUAUUUGCAUACAUCCUUUCAUUCAGUAUAAUGCAAUUUAAUUUUUAAAAUUCCCAAAUUUUUUUUAUUGUAUUAUAUUAAAAUGUAAAGAAUAUCAAGUCAUUUCAUUUAAUGUCAUGCAAAUGUUCAAUAAAAUGUUCAUU